UGAGCCAAAGAGUAAGGGCAUUGAUGCGUCUGUCGGUGGGUUGGUUUAUGUCUCCCGCUUUCAUGGUGGCUGGGUCGGAUUGUGGCCUUGAUGAGCUCUCUGAGGGUUGCUUGGUUUCUCUGAGAUCCGCUACACCCGUUAAGCUUCUAGGCUGCGAGGAUGCAAGCAUCUGAGUUUUGUUUUGUUUAAAAUCUUGCGAGUUUAUUUUCCCUUAACUUCUGUAUAUGGAACCUUUUUUUGACGGUUUUACUUGUAGUUAUUAGUUUAUUAGUUGGUUCUUCUCAUACUUUCUGGAAAGAAUGCUUGAGGAUGAGAGUUUGACCUUCUCUUGUUGUUGAUGAAUCCAGUAAAUUUUCAAAAGAAUU